CUGACAGAUGACAUUUUGUUAACCUCAAAUGCUUUGCUCAAAUGUUAUGUUAAAGCGGUUUCGUUUUUCUUGUGACAAAUAAAAAUAUUCUUACUUGAUUUUGAUAUUUACUUUAAUUCCUAAAAAAUGCCGCUUGAUGUGCAAGGUACUUUCGUGUCACAGAAAAUUAACAAAAUAAGAUGGAUACCCGAAGAUUACGUCGAAACAAAACAUUUUUUUACUGGAAGUUGGGACGAUGAUGAAAACUCCAUAAAAGUUUGGAGUUUUGAAUUUAUAAAUGAAGAUGAAGACGUCGAGUACCCAAAACAAUUAUCAGAAUACAAAGUUAACGGUGAUGUUACUGAUAUAAAGUUUUUGGAUAAGAAGUCUAUCGCUGUUUCAAUUUCAAGUGGUGAUGUCCGAAUAUUAGAAAUAAGUGCCUACGAUAGACAAGCUCCUUUAAAAGAAGUUCAUAUCUGGAAAUCGUUACACAAUUUUAGCUCAGAUAAAUGUUCAUGCACAGCACUAGAUACACUUGAAGGUGAUAUUGCAAGUAUUGGCGAGGAUGGAAAUGUGAACAUUCUGAACAGUCGGAGAGGUGAUAUUACAAGGAGUAUUAAAGGAGCAGACAGCUGUUCCUUGCAUGCAGUGUGUUUUAUUAAACUGAACGAGGUCAUAACAGGCAAUAUCCGAGGUCACAUGAAAAUAUGGGAUAUAAGAUCUGCAAAUGACAAACCCGCUGCAGCAUUUUUACUCGCUGGAGACGAGCUAGCAGCCACAUGUAUAACACGACAUCCCACACAACCUCAUAUAAUAUUAGCUGGCAGUGAAUCAGGAGCUGUCGCUGUUUGGGACUUACGUAUGAACCAGUUCCCGACUUCUUUACUCAACGCUCACGCUGCUGGUGUCACAGAAAUGCAAUUCCACCCAGAAAAUCCUAACAAAUUGCUAACAAGCUCGGUGUCAGGAGAAAUAUGGGAUUGGAAUAUGGAUAUGUUGACGAAGAAAGGUCUAGAAGAAUAUGUGCCAUUAGAAGAUAAAACGUCAUUGAAUGUAACCUCGUUAAUGCCAGCAUUACACAAGCCGAUAAAUUCUCUACACUGUGAUCGAGGCAGGAUACUCUGUGGGGCAGAUAAUGAAGCUAUAUACUUGAUUAAAAAUUUGAAGUAUUGAUCUUUUUUUGUUCUUAUUAAUGUGCAUUCCUUAAACACAGUUCUGUGCAUUUGUUUUUGUGUCUGUGAAACAUUAAAAGUAUUCACAAAAA